UUAUUAAAAAAAGGGGCAUUGAUUUCCUCCAUUUUAGUGUUCUCAGGGCUCAGUGAGAGAAGCUCUCUGAGCGAUCUGACACGGGCGUUUAGGUUCUUUUCCUUCACCAAAAUCGCUCUUUUCUCGUCUUUUUUCCCUCAUUCUCGGCUUUCUUGAGGAAAUUAUUGGCCAGAGUCGUCGUGUUUUUCCGCAGGAGUUUGGAGAAAAGGAGGAAUUUUGACGUGAUAAGGCGAUGGGGACAGUAGUAGUAGUUCCUCUGCUUUAUUUGACCGGAUCUUGAUUCUUUUGUCCCUGCCCUUUUGAUCUCCUAGUACUGUUAGGGUUAUGUCGAUUUUCUUGCUUAGUCUGGUUUCUUAGUGUUUUGUGCUGCCAAUUAUUACAAGUCGAAUUGUUAUUCUGGUCGUUGCUGUCGUAAUUUGGAGACGAAGAAUAGAUUUUGAAGCGUAGGGCUUAUGGGUUUAGGAAUUAUUUGUCAGCUGCAGUGCUUCGGUGCAUGUUUCAGGAGGCUUUCGCCGUAAAAAUUUUCAUCUUUCCUGAUCUUUGUUAGAAUUCCUUGGAACGUAGUUAAAUUUUCGAGUGCUUAGUGGAGAAAAGCGCUCAAAUUUUCUUCUUUUUUUGACUUCGGAAGAGGUUCUCGAGUGUGAUCUUACUCCUCAGAGUAGCCCUGUAGGAAGUUUUGGAUGUUAUUGGCGUCGCUGUAGGAUUUGGAUUGCCUGGUAGGUAAUGGUGCUUACAGCUCGCUGCUUGGUCGCAUGGAAGUGAGGUUGGAGCAGGGGACUAUGGCUAGUAGAGAAACCUCCUCGUUGUUCUUUGGUGUGCAGAAAAGUCCGGUGCGAUCGCAGCCGCCGGCGAUGCAGAGCUUGCGAUUGGCCUACGUGGCAGAUGGCACGGCUAUCUUCAAGCCGAUAACCAGUUCAUCUCCUGCUCCUCCUCGGCCUUCUCCUCCUCCUUAUCAAGGAGGAGAUGGAGGAGAGAAUGCUGGAGCUGGAGAUGGUAGCUCUGCGGUGAUCACACCCCAUGGCCUGAACAUCAACGUUGGAGAGCCAGUGAAACGGAAGAGGGGGCGGCCGAGGAAGUACGGACCCGAUGGCCUUGCUCUGAACCCUUUAUCCACUGCUGCUUCAGUCUUGCCGGUAGCCGGUGCAUUCUCUCCUCGUGCAGGGAUGGCUAACCCGGCUGAUGCCACUAAGAAACCAAGGGGCCGGCCACCGGGUUCCGGCAACAAGAAGCAGAAGCUGGGUGCUCUAGGAUCAUCAGGAACUGGAUUUACUCCUCAUGUUAUUACAGUAACGGCAGGAGAGGAUGUAUUUUCAAAAAUUAUGUCAUUUUCUCAGCAUGGAUCACGUGCCAUUUGCAUUCUUUCAGCAAAUGGUGCCAUAUCUAAUGUAACUCUUCGUCAGCCAGCAACUUCUGGUGGUACUGUAACUUAUGAGGGACGAUUUGAGAUCUUGUCAUUGUCUGGAUCAUUUUUGCUGUCAGAGAGUGGUGGACAGCGAAGUCGAACAGGUGGCUUGAGUGUAUCGCUAGCUGGUCCUGAUGGACGAGUUUUAGGUGGUGGAGUGGCAGGACUUUUGAUGGCAGCAUCCCCAGUUCAGUUGUGGUUUAAGCGAUUGAUGCAUCAAGACAUCUCUACGUUCUCAAGUUUUCAUUCAGUUGUCAACUUCACAAUCCACUCAAAAAGUUACUCCAGGCUGUUUGAAUACGUAGUUAUGGGGAGCUUUAUACCUGAUGGAAAAAAGGGCCCGAAACAGAUUAAUCCCGUAGACCCAACAUCUGCCCCUGGAAAGCUUGCCGCAGAUGGGAUGACGGGAGCCAGCAGCCCACUUUCGCGGGGCACCAUGAGCGAAUACUCCGGUGGCCCUGGGAGCCCACUCAACCAGAGCACCCCUGUGUGCAAUAACAGCAAUCAGCAAGGCCUCUCUAACAUACCAUGGAAGUAACUUGCGCUUACUUGCGUUCUUACUGUUUUGAACCCUUAAUAAGCUUAGUUCAAGUGAAGAAGAGGGAAAAUCACUAAAAAUUCCCCUCAUCAGAUUACUUAUGUUGCUCUUUGUAGCUAUUCUUUAGUCGUAUCGGCACAUCAUACUAGUGCCUGAAGUUGAAUCAGAAUGUGCCAUCAAAUGUUGUCAUGUCGGUAUAUAUGUGCUUGUCUGCCCCAAAUCCUUGGAUCUACUCUUCCUCCAUGUCAGUUUGAAUAUAUGUUGAUGAUUAUAUA